AGUUUCCCCAUUCGAUGCUGGGAAGUGCACAUUUCGUACGGUGCACUUUGUGCGUAGCCCAAUGUUGGGUAAUGGCGACAUAUCGUGACAUGUGAAACAGACUUGCCUCGGGAUGUCGAAUCAGUCCGUCGACGAUGCCGGCAACGACGAUUCGGGAGGGGCGCCCUCCGCUACCGGUCUCGCUUGCAACGGCUGCCGGCGAGCCAAGCUGCGGUGCUCGAGGGACCGGCCUACUUGCGAGCACUGCCGAAAGACCAGCCUCGACUGUAUCUACGAGUUAAAGCGUGUCAAGCCGGGUCUGAAGACAGGCGCGGUAGAGAAUCUGCAUAGGAGAAUGGACACACUGGAACAACUGGUCCUGGAAGGUGGCCUGGAUCAGAGGACAACCCCAACUUGCAGUGACCACAACGGCAACUGCACUGGCAGUAGCCACGAGUCCGCUGCAUACAAGAUACUCUCAUUGCUCGCAAAAGAGCUUCCAAAGCUGGUCAAUGCACCCAGAGCAUCUCCACCAAGAGAGGAACCACAUGCGGAUCCUCGAAAGAGACGGCGGGUGGUUGAGGACGACGCCGUAGUAAAGAAGCCAUCUGACACUAGUGACUGUCCACCACUGCCUGAAAAUUCUUCUCUUGAGGCAAUCAUUACGGCAUACUUCGCCAACGUUCAACAGUGGAUACCCAUGGUUCACCCAUCGCGGUUCCAGAGACAAUAUCGAGACCCGGCCGAGCGGCCUAGACUUGCCAUCAUACUUCAAGCUAUGACGCUUUCUGCAACCAAGUUCGUGACGGCCGAGAAUAUCGCUUUCAACUCUAGUGCACCGGCUUGGCCCUCUAACCGGGUUCGCAACUGGAUAAUAUCCUCCGCCAUGGACUCUCUGACCGUUGAGAGUCUUCAGGCCUUGACAAUUAUUGCCUUCACUGAUAUCGGGGACGGCAAUGCUGCGAGAGCGUGGUCCAUCGUCGGAUCACUCACUCGGACUGUCGAGUACCUUCAACUGACUGUCGAACAUGAGGAUAGUGAUCGCCAGCCAUGUUGCCAACCUUUCACCUCCUUGAACACGACACAAAACUGGACAAUACUGGAAGAAAGAAGGCAUGUCUUCUGGAACAUAUUCAAUCUGGACCGGUUUUGCAACACCAGUCUGGGUUGGAAUACGAGCCUGACCUCGGAUGACGUGCAUCGCCGACUUCCUUGUGACGGCGGCCUCUGGCACAAGGAGAAUCCAGUAGUAACCCCCUACUUUGGGAUUUGGGACAAAUCAGCAGGUAGGAUCGGAAAUCCCAUCGCAUUUAUACCAUCGCACUAUCAAUCGUCUCCAGGCCAGGCUGGUGCUGAGGCAGAGAUGCAAAGCCUCCCUGAGUCAGUGUCUUCUGCCGGGGGACCGCCAACAACCGACAUGUCAACGGUCGGUGCAUUCGCGUAUUGCAUCGAGGCGACCGAAUCCAUGAGCCGUGUUACGAGCUACUUUUUACAGCAGAAGAUCAAUAUGCGGGACCAGAAAGAGAUUGGAUGUUGGCUCACGCGGUUCAAAGAGUUAGACCUCCGCCUUGUGCACUGGAAGAUGCUACUGCCACAAAAAUGGAAGUCGGAGAUUGCGCGGCAGACAACCAUGAUGGACCCCAAUCUAACUCUCGCCCAUUGCACCCACAAUGCUUCAAUGAUCCUCCUACACCAGCUUAUUGCGUACCCGCCUGCCAGUUGGGCCUUUCGCAACCGCCUACCUAGCAGCUGCAGUGCAGAUACGUGUUAUUCCGCAGGUGUCGAAAUUGCAACGAUUACGGAGAACUACCUAAAGUAUACACCCGAUGCAUCGCCAGUCACGAGCCAAUUCUGUUUUUGCGUCUUUGUGGCAGGCAGGAUGAUGCUCAUGCACUGGCGGUUCUACGUCGAGAACCGACUCGCCGAUGAAUUCUGGUCUCUGAUUAGAAGCCUUCAGGAAAUGUCGCGACGAUGGGUGGCCUUCUCGGAAGAGCCCAUCCUGGACUUGGCUGCUAAGUACGCGCUGAAGCUGAAAGAUCUCUAUGAUAUGUGCGAAAAAGACGAGAGCUAUCGGAUUGACGUCACGGGGUAUACGAACGAGAUCGACCAUCAAAGCAAGUUUGAGCAGCGAACCGAAACAACUCGACAGAACAUUCGACACAAAGCGCAGGAGCCAUCGUACCUACCAAAAGAGCAGACCCAUAGCGAGGUUAGUCAAUGGGCGUAUGGGUCAGCAGCCAUGUCCGGCAGGCUCUCGUGUCUCGAUAUGAAUACACCUGCACCUAGCGGUGGCCACUCUUUAGAGAUGGCUCCUGACAGCUCGACAACAGCGGUGACCAAUCGAAUGGAUAUGUCAAACCCGUCAAGCGCUGGUGUUGAUACGGGCGAGUUCAACACAAUACCACAGAUGAUGCUGGAUCAGCACUUUAUGCAUAUGGAUCGAAUCAUAACCUUCGAUGACGGGAGCAUGUUUGCAGCAAAUUUGGAGGGCUCGGUUUGGUAACUGAGAAGUAAAAAUCAAAACGACGCCACAGUUCUGGGUACGUGAAUUGCGCAGGAGGAAAAUAAUGACGAUAAUGGGCCAAGAACUGCAGUCGACGCAAGGGACUUGUGCUCUGCGGGAGCGCAUGGCAUGCCCGAAUUACUUGUAGAAUGGAGCAAUUCCACCAUAUUUGCACCACUUAGUCGAUUAUCUACGUCAUACAAGCUAUUCAAAUCCCUC